CGCUCACUAGGAGGCGCUGCGGUAGCCACGGCUGCUCCCGGGGCUGUCGCGGGCUGGAGCGGUUGGGCUGGCUCUGAGGCUGGUAGCCAUGGAGUGGGGUUCGGAGUCGGCGGCCGUGAGGCGGCACCGCAUCGGAGGGGAGCGCCGGGACGGCUCGGCGGCCUUGCGGCAACCGGAGAGGGAGGCCCCGGCGCAGGAGCCCUUGGCAGACGCGUGCGGCGGCGGCGUGAGGACGCGGAAGCGAAGCGCGGCGGGCAGCGCUGGCGCGAGUCAGGCUGCGGGGACCGGACUGUCCGAGGCGCGCGCGGCGCUGGGGCUAGCCCUCUACCUGCUCGCGCUGCGGACGCUCGUGCAGCUCUCUCUGCAGCAGCUCGUGCUGCCUGGGGCCACUGGGCACCACAGGGAGUUCGACGCGCGCCAAGCCAGGGAUUAUCUUGAACAUAUAACAUCCAUUGGCCCCAGGACUACAGGAAGUCCAGAAAAUGAAAUUCUGACGGUGCGUUACCUUUUGGAACAGAUUAAACUGAUUGAAAUUCAAAGCAACAGCCUUCACAAGAUUUCAGUAGAUGUACAGCGGCCCACAGGCUCCUUUAGCAUUGAUUUCUUAGGAGGUUUUACAAGCUACUAUGACAACAUCACCAACGUCGUGGUAAAGCUGGAACCCAGAGAUGGAGCCCAGCAUGCUGUUCUAGCUAACUGUCAUUUUGACUCAGUGGCAAACUCACCAGGUGCCAGUGAUGAUGCAGUUAGCUGUUCAGUGAUGCUGGAAGUCCUUCGUGUCUUGUCGACAUCUUCAGAAGCCUUACGUCAUGCUGUCAUAUUUCUUUUUAAUGGUGCUGAGGAAAAUGUCUUGCAGGCUAGUCAUGGUUUCAUUACUCAGCACCCCUGGGCCAGCUUGAUUCGUGCAUUUAUUAACCUGGAGGCAGCAGGUGUAGGAGGCAAAGAACUUGUAUUCCAAACAGGUCCUGAAAAUCCUUGGUUGGUCCAAGCUUAUGUUUCAGCAGCUAAACACCCUUUUGCUUCUGUGGUGGCUCAGGAGGUUUUUCAGAGUGGAAUCAUUCCUUCAGAUACUGACUUCCGCAUCUACAGGGAUUUUGGGAACAUUCCAGGAAUAGACUUAGCUUUUAUUGAGAAUGGAUAUAUUUAUCACACCAAGUAUGACACAGCGGACAGAAUUCUAACAGAUUCCAUUCAGAGAGCAGGUGACAACAUUUUAGCAGUUCUUAAAUAUCUAGCUACAUCUGAUAUGUUGGUUUCUUCUUCUAAGUAUCAACACGGGAACAUGGUCUUCUUUGAUAUACUCGGCCUGUUUGUCAUUGCCUACCCGUCUCGUGUUGGCUCAAUCAUUAACUACAUGGUGGUAAUGGCUGUUGUUUUGUACCUGGGCAAAAAAUUGUUGCAGCCCAAACAUAAAACUGCUAACUACACAAAGGACUUCUUCUGUGGACUUGGCAUCACUCUGAUAAGCUGGUUCACUAGCCUGGUGACUGUUCUCAUCAUAGCAGUGUUCAUCUCUCUGAUUGGACAGUCUCUCUCAUGGUAUAACCACUUCUAUGUCUCCGUUUGUCUUUAUGGAACUGCAGCUAUAGCCAAAAUAAUAUUCAUACAUACCCUCGCAAAAAGAUUUUAUUAUGUGAAUGCCAAUGACCACUACCUGGGAGAAGUAUUUUUUGACAUCUCGCUGUUUGUGCAUUGUGGUUCCCUUACAGUUCUCACUUAUCAAGGACUUUGCUCAGCAUUUAUUAGUGCUGUCUGGGUGGCGUUUCCUUUGCUCACAAAGCUUUGCGUGCACAAGGACUUUAAGCAGCAUGGUGCCCAAGGAAAAUUUAUUGCCUUUUAUCUCCUGGGGAUGUUUGUUCCUUAUCUUUAUGCACUGUACCUCAUCUGGGCGGUAUUUGAGAUGUUUACCCCUAUCCUUGGGAGAAGUGGCUCGGAAAUCCCACCUGAUGUUGUGCUGGCUUCCAUUUUGGCUGGUUGUACAAUGAUCCUCUCCUCCUAUUUUAUUAACUUCAUCUACCUUGCCAAAAGCACAAAAAAAACCAUGCUGACUUUAACUUUGGUAUGUACAAUUACAUUCCUCCUUGUUUGCAGUGGAACUUUUUUCCCAUAUAGCUCCAAUCCUGCCAGUCCAAAGCCAAAGAGAGUGUUUCUUCAGCAUAUGACUAGAACAUUUCAUGGCUUGGAUGGCAACGUAGUUAAACGGGACUCUGGAAUAUGGAUCAAUGGAUUUGAUUACACCGGAAUGUCUCACAUAACACCUCAUGUUCCGGAGAUCAACGAUACCAUCCGAGCUCACUGUGAGGAGAAUGCACCCCUCUGUGGUUUCCCAUGGUAUCUUCCAGUGCACUUUCUAAUCAGGAAAAAUUGGUAUCUUCCUGCCCCAGAGGUUUCUCCAAGAACUCAUGCUCAUUUCAAGCUUAUAUCCAAAGAACAGACACCCUGGGAUUCUAUAAAACUGACCUUCGAAGCAAUAGGACCAAGCCAUAUGUCAUUUUACGUUCGAACUCACAAAGGAUCAACGCUCUCUCAGUGGUCUCUUGGCAAUGGCACCCCAGUCACGAGUAAAGGAGGAGACUACUUUGUAUUUUACUCCCAUGGACUCCAGGCUUCUGCAUGGCAGUUCUGGAUAGAAGUACAGGUCUUGGAGGAACAGCCUGAGGGAAUAGUCACUGUGGCCAUUGCUGCCCACUAUUUUUCUGGGGAAGACAAGAAAUCCUCCCAGCUGGAUACUCUGAAAGAGAAGUUCCCAGACUGGACAUUUCCGUCUGCCUGGGUGUGCACCUACGACCUCUUUGUGUUUUAAUUUUGUGGAUGAGCUCUGAGUACAUGCCCAGUGGGAUAUGUCAUGUGACGUGAUUUCUCCCUAUGCUACAUUGAUAUUUGUAAUGUAAGUCAAUGGACUUUAAUAAGCAUAUUGUCAAAGAGCUUUGUGGGCUAACACUCUUCAGGGCCAAGCAUUAUAAUGGUUACACUGUGGGGUAGUGAUGCAUGGCCUUUUUGACACUUGAAAAUGCCAGUUUCCUGGCCUUAAAGCACAUGUGGAUACUGCCACUACACUAACAUGUCAUUUUAUAUGACCUUAAGGACAAAAGCCAACAAACCACUUAGUAGUUGUUCCCUUAGGAUCAUGAAAGAUGUUGAAGGUACUAUAAGACCAUUGUUAAUGAGACAAAUGACAUUUCCAGUUAAAGCCCAAGACCAUUUAUUGUAUUAGUGGAUGGAGCAUAAAAUACCAUUCACUGGAGUAAUGAUUCCCCUUGAUACCUAACUAUAGGUCAUUAGAAAGCUUUUACAGUAAGGACUGGGGAAGAACCCUUGGGCGUUUGAGGUCCCUGCCUUUGCUGAGAGCUGUGCUUCUUCAGGCAGCCUUGAGAGUAUGCUUUGCAUCUCUGUAGUGAAGCCCAGGACCCCUGAUGUGGAUACCUGUGCUAAGAUGGUGACUCUUGUCCUUCUGCCUAGUGGUCACUGAGAUUCACCAUUGUGAUGCUUUUCUGAGGUGGUUUUCAAUGCUUGUUUCCUUCUGAAACAUAUCUUUCCCCCUCUUCAUCUUAUCAAUUUGAGAAGAGGAGCAUUUUUCCAGCUAUAGUCACCUCUGGGUUUUCACAGGUUCUUUUUGGUUCAGAAUGUUGUUUCUGCAAGUACAUGACUUCCUUCCUUCCUUCCUUCCUUCCUCAGAGGACUGAGUUUCUAUGGUGGCUAUUCUUGGGAAGGACAAGACUGGAGUGAGGGGUGGGUUGUGAGCUGCUGAGCAGUUUAUAUACUCUGUUUUGUAGGAGUUUUGUUAUCCAAGGUUAAUUCUUUAGGGCACAAUUUUAUUGAUGCACUAGGUCCUUAUUUUUGUCUGUUUUCCAGCCAUAUGAACUAAUUGGUUUCUCAGUAACUAACUUAAACACUAGCAGAGCUGGCUUUCCUGAGACUUGAGGUUGUGGCUUGUACUAGAAUGAGAUCACUGCACCUAUAGUUGUCGGGGUUCAGAUCCUGCACAAUGGCAGUCCUAGGGCUUAAAGGUGCUUUUCAUUUUGAAGAUGGCUGUGUAGCAUGUGAGGCUUAUCACAGCAGUGCCUCUGAUGGGUUCUUGACUCCAGCAGUGAAAGGGUCUGGUGGUAAAUUUUGUUAGCUUUCUUUUUUCCAUUCAGAAAUGUAAAAAGUUGGAUAAAUUUUGAGUUUAGUAACCAUAGGCCAAAAAUAUUUUUAAAGAAAAGUCAUAGUAAAAAUUUAAAACUUUGCACUUUGAUCCAUUUGAACAGCAAGAGCAUAGUUAAGUGUGCAUGGGGGGGCGGGAUUUUUCUUGCAGCUGCUUGUGUGAUAUGUACAAUGUGAUUUAUUAAUCAUGCUCUUCAUAUUGCCUGCCUAAUUUGUGACUCUUUAAAAACUGGGCUCACGCAAAUAUCAGGGCUGCAGCCAGAGCUGAAUGAUAACAUGCUGACUGUGACAUGCAUGGACACUGGAGCCAUUACUUUUUCUGACUUUGUAGAAACCAUAUAUUACUAGCCUCAAGUGCUUCAGUGUCUGGCUGUUACCAUAUUUAUCCAUGAGGCCAGAUGAUUUCUGAGUUUGUCAAGUGGUAUAUAGUUUGCAGUGUUUAUACCUUGAGUAGCACAGUUGUGGAGGAAAAGUUAGAGAUAGUAAUACCUCAAUGAAUUUUCAAAAUAUGGUCCUCCAUAUCCACAGGUUCUGCAUCCACAGAUUCAACUGUGAGUCAGAAAUAUGUGGGGGGAAAAAAAAUGAUGUUUUUGCUGACACGUACAGACUUUUGUCCUUGUCAUUAUUCCCUAAACGAUACAGUGUAACAACUAUUUACAUAGCAUUUACAUUGUAUUAUAAGUAAUCUAGAGAUGAUUUAAAGUAUAUGGGAGGUUAUAUAUGAAUACUAUAACAUUUUACAUAAGAGACUUGAGCGUCCACAGAUUUUGGUAUUUGAGGAGGGUUCUGGAACCUAUCCCAUGUAGAUUAUGAGGGAUGACUGUACAGGCAUAUUUCUGUCGCUGUGGUCAAUUUGAAACUGAUCUAGAAAUUACAGGGAAAAAAAAAGCAAAAUCUCAAGUGUUGAGGAAAGACAUUGGUUGAAAAACAAAUAGUUCCCUGUGGUGUUUUUUUUUUCCCCCUUUAGGAAGGACGUUGUAACUCUUUUUCAGUAAUGAUCAUGGUUUUCCUUUUACCUUUGGGUUAUACCUUUAUAUGUAAACAAUUCUCUUUUUUUUUUUAGCAUUAUAAAACUUUAAUAUUAUGCAAGGUCAGUAACAAGAUGCUCACUAGUCUCUGGGCACGUUUAAAUAUUCUGAGAUUAUUUUAAUGCCAGAAAUGGUUAACUAAUUAUUCAUGGCUGUUAAUAAGUGCUGCUAAGAUUAAAGUACUAGGUUUUUUUUUUGAGUAUAUGAUCAUUUCCUACAGAAUUUGAAUGUAGGUAAGCACAGUACUGCAUAUUCAGGGAAAGUGUAAAGAAUUGUGAUUUCAAAAUAAUUAUUAAAAUGUGCACUGUGUCAGACCUAACAAUGAUUGUUGCAUGAAAUAUUCCUUUCCACAGUUUAGCAGAUGCAAAUUAGCAUAGGGUUCCUAAAAGGCUACCACUGAGGGAGCCCAUAAACCAGCCUGCUGACUCAGGAACCCAUAUUGUUUGUUUCUGUUUCUUUUCACUAGUUUGCUGACUUGAUUAAUUUUUGCCUUACAAUGUUGCUGAAAUACUUUUUAAUAUCCUAGUAUCUUUAACAGAAAAAAAGAUCUUUAUUAAUUAUGUUAUCCUGUAUCCUCAUAUUCAGAGGGUUAUUUCAAGUCUACACAGCAUUUUACUGUUAAAAGACCUAGAUGGCUCAUGUGGAUAUAACUCCUAUUUUAAUGGGUUAUAUGAGCAAAGAACUUAGCAUGGAAAUGUUAGUUUACUUUAACUAGAAUCCUUUUUGCAGUGGAAUGAGAUUGUGCAUCUGAAUUCUACAGAAAUUAAUCACCUAUUAUUUGGUAAAUAUUGAGCUUCAGCAUAUUUAGUAGUUUUAAAUCAUUUCCCUUGGCAAAGAAAAUCAUGAAAGGCUCAGAAAGGUGUUCUUUUGUUGGAAGAUAGGGAUAGGAAGGACAGAAGAAGAAACUGUCUUUCAGUCAGAAGGCGACCCACUGCUCAUUCUCUCCAAGGAAAGGAGAGAAAGGGAAGUACUCUCCAAAAGAGUACCCACACAUCAUGGUGCAAGGUAUUUCACUUUGAGUGAAUGCCUUCAAAACAGUUCACAAGGUGAAACAGCUGAAUGGCAACUAUUCCUAAUACACCUUGCUGCCUCUUAGGGCGAAUAAAGCCAAAAUGCACUUAGACCUC